AUGGUGCUCUACGGGCUCGUACGGGCCUGCACCGAGCUCUACGGGCUCAUACGGGCCUGCCUGGGGCUCUAUGGGCUCAUACAGGCCCAUGCCGAGCUCGUUUGGAUCCGCACCGGGCUCUAUGGGCUCGUUAAUGCCCUGGACAGCUACAACUGGACUGCCCUCCACUACACUGCAGAAAAGGACGAGACCUGGGUGCAGAUCCUCCUCGAAUACGGCACCAAUCCCAACACGCUGGAUGGCGACAAGGACACCCCCCUCCACUGGGCUGCCUUCAAGAACAACGCAGAGUGCAUGCAGUCACUCCUGGAGAACGGCACCCUGGUGGACACCCGCAAUUACAACAAUGACACGCCGCUGAGCUGGGCUGCCAUGAAGGGCAACCUGUAGAGUGUGAGCAUCCUGCUCGACUUUGGAGCAGAGGUCUGGGUGGUCAGUUUGAAAGGUCAGACCCUCAUCUCACAGCUGGUUGAGCUGCAGGUCAGAGGACUGGGCAUGGAGCGUGAAGAUGCCUGCUUCAACCUUCUCCACUGGCCUAUUGGACACUUUGAGCUACAGAAAAACGGCAACAUGCCCUGGGAGGUAACCAGGGAUCAGCAGCUCUGUGGAAAGCUCACCCUGCUCUGCUCUGCCCCGGGCACCCUAAAGACGCUAUCUCGCUAUGCCGUGCACUGCAGCCGGGGUGUGCAGUUCCUGCUGGAGGCUGUGAAGGAGCUACUUUUGCCUGUGUUCCUGAAGGAAUUUGUGUUGCUCCUUAGCUUAAGCGAGAGGUGA